AGGGUGGCUGAUACUUGCUGCAAUUUGGCUUUUUUUUUUUUUUAAUUCCUUUUUUUUCCAGGUAGCUGCAAUAGUUAAAAAAAAAUCCCUGGGACCCUGGAAAGGGCCGCCUCUUCUAGCCCUCUUGCCCAGUUUUGGACUUUCAGGCCCAACAUGGACAAAGUGUGUGCAGUGUUUGGAGGCUCCCGGGGCAUCGGCAGGGCAGUGGCCCAGUUAAUGGCCCAGAAGGGCUACCGACUGGCUAUCGUCGCCAGAAAUCUGGAAGUGGCCAAAGCCACCGCCGCCGAGCUCGGCGGCCAGCAUUUGGCAUUUAGCUGCGAUGUUGCCAAAGAACAUGAUGUUCAAAAUACAUUUGAAGAGAUGGAGAAACAUUUGGGUCCAGUUAAUUUCUUGGUAAAUGCAGCUGGAAUUAACAGGGAUAGCCUUUUGGUGCGAACAAAAACUGAAGAUAUGAUAUCUCAGCUUCAUACUAACCUCUUGGGUUCCAUGUUGACUUGUAAACUUGCCACGAAGUCUAUGAUUCAAAAACAGGGAGGGUCAAUUGUUAACAUAGGAAGUAUUGUUGGACUGAAAGGCAAUUCUGGGCAGACCGUGUACAGUGCCAGCAAAGGAGGAUUAGUUGCAUUUUCACGUGCUCUUGCGAAAGAAGUGGCAAGGAAGAAAAUAAGAGUCAACGUAGUUGCACCAGGAUUUGUGCAUACAGAUAUGACGAAAGACAUGAAAGAAGAACAUUUAAAGAAAAAUAUCCCUCUUGGGAGGUUUGGAGAACCUGUCGAUGUGGCACAUGCUGUUGUCUUCCUUUUAGAAUCCCCCUAUAUUACAGGCCAUGUCCUCGUGGUAGAUGGGGGGUUACAACUGGUGAUGUAAUAGGUGAACAAGUCAGUUACAGUAUAACCAAACAUUGGCUGUUGGUUAGUCCUACUUAGCUAUACAGGCAACUAAUUGAACCUAUUAACUAAUUAAACCUAUCGAUAGUGCUUAUACUGUUU